AAGUGGGUCGGACGCUGCGGAACUGCGGGCCCAGCUGGAGGAGGCGGUGCGGCAGCGCGCGGAGGUGCAGCGGGAGCUGGAGCGAACGGGCGAGGAGCUGCACGUUCUCCGCGAGCAGAGUGGGUCGGACGCUGCGGAACUGCGGGCCCAGCUGGAGGAGGCGGAGCGGCAGCGCGCGGAGGUGCAUCAGUCAUUUGAAGACAUUCAAAUGAGAUUGUUUGAGGCUGAGAAGGAGCGUAAGGCUGCCGUGGAGGAGAAGGAAAGUGGUAUUCGUGCGAUUGAGGAGAAGCUGUUGCUUUGGAAGGAUAAGGUUUUAACAACGAAAGCUAGGGAUGAUGCACGAAUUGGAAGCUUGGAAGGCUCCCUUACCGCUGCACGCGAUGAUGCGAGUAAGCUUGUGAAGUGUUUGUUAGAUUUGUUGUCUGUUGCAGGCGAGGCAGCUGUGGUUGAUGUAAGUGAAAGUGGCGAGUGCGAGGCGGAUGUUGCUUCGCUCUUGUCAAGGGCUGAGAGCCUCCACGUGCGGUUAAAGAAAAGCCUCAUGCUAUUGGAUGUGAGGUAUGCCAGUGUGCCACUCGUUGAAGUCGUUGCUUCGCUGUUCAAGGAACUUUCAGAGACACGGAGAGAGUUUGACCAAGCGUCCGCGGAACUUCUUUGCUGCCGGCGAGACUUUGAGGAGGUCACCACCCGCCUGUCUGAGGUGGAGGGUAGGGUGGAGUCCUCAGUGUCGCCGGCAGUUGUGACGGAGUUGGAGGCGAGGAACAGUCAACUGGAGGAAAAGUGCGAGCUGCUUCGCAGGGAGAUGAAGCGACAGCGGGAGGCGUUUCAGCGGGAGAAGGCGCAGCAGUCUAUUUCUGCAUCGUCAGCUGUGCAGGAGGGAGGCGCAACUCUACGUGCUAUGGCUGGAGGCGUCUUUGAGAAGGACAUGUUAUCGUUGGCAAACCAACAGAGCCAGCGUGACAAUGAGAUUCGGCGUCUUCGCGUGCAACUGCAGGCGCUGGAAAAGAUGAACGCGGAGCUGCAGCGCCAGUGCGAGCAUAAUAACGCUGUGGUGGCACAGUAUACGCAGGACAUUGAGGUGCUCAAGGCCAAGGAACGGGUUCAGCAGAGCGUGGAGUACGUGCGAAAUGUCAUACUUCAAUUUUUAUGCUGCUCUAGUGAAGAAAUCCGGCAGCAGAUGAUCCCGGCGAUAGCAACUGUCUUGGAGUUCUCGCCUAAGGAAAAGUUGGAGGUGCAGCGAGCAAACCCUGCAUGCCCUAGGUUCCACUAG